UCACGACGUAACAAACGAGUCCCAAACGGCGCCGGUUACUGUAACGUACAGUCGGUGUCUUCUUCCUUGUAGUGAGGGGUUAGUCAGAAAGAUGUCACACAGUACUCAGGUAUCCAGGGCAGUAAGUUGCUGGAAUCCACAUUAACCACUGACAGCGUAUAUACAAACGCUUAAACUGCAUUAAUACACGUUUAUGAACAACUCUCGAGUGGGACGUGAAAGGAGAGGGGUUGUUCCUCGCGUAUCUCUAAACAUUUUUGAAGCAACUUUAACUAGUUAAUUCACGUUAGUUCACGUUGGCAAAUGUACCAAUGCACUCUAAACGUUUCACACUCACGUUAGCUACAGCUGUGUUAUUUUCCCUGUGACAGUCGUUGAACAUGAAUUGGGUUGGGGGUUCACGGAACCGGCUAGUGAUGAAGAAUGAUGCAAAAAGGCAGAGAGAGUUCUUUGAAAAGAGGAAAAUUCAGCAGAGAUUGAAGAACUUGGGAGUCGCUGUGCCAGCAUCCCCUCAGAGCAGUAGUGCUGGUAGUAUGGACCUGGUGACUCUGUUCAUAGUCAACCAGAUUGCUGCUAAGAAAGAAAAUAAAGAUCCUCCUAAAGUGGCCGUUCUUGGCAGCUAUAAAGGAGGAUCGAAGCAUAAGAGAAAUGAGCCCCUGGUACUUCCCAUGAGCCCCUGCUCUCCAUCACAGCUGAGUUUUGUUGAGAGCCAAACUCAAAACAGUCUUCAAGCGACAAGAAAGAGAAAGCACGUUAUUCCACACGGGUUCAAGUGCCGGCAGCUGUCACCAGUGCCGGAGUCAGGUUUCUCAGACAACAGUGCAUCUGACUACCUGCCACCCAUAACCGACCCCCUCAGCCCAUUCUCCUCCACCUCAUCAGCUUCCUCAGGCCAAAUCAAACUGGUCUCCUCAGGAUUGUUCCCCCUACAGCUGAAUCUCCAGCAGAGAAGCCAGACACAGGCAGAGCUACCUCCCCACUGCUCCCCUCUACCCUGGGACACCUCGGGGCUGGAGCUGACUAAGGAGUAUCAGCCUUUCUCCCAGCCCAGAGGUAUGACAGACAGUAUCCCCUGGUCCUGUGGAUCAAACCUACCCUUCUACCAACUGGAGACACCCACUGCAGCCCGAGUCCUGUUUAGAAGUCCAGAGCCAGAUAACACAGAGGCCAGGGACCAUGAAAGAUACGACCUCACCUUCUCUCUCAACCCACCAGACGACAGGCAGCACAUGUUGAACUUCACUCUCAACCAAUCAGAAACUGAGCAGCAGAUCGAGGGAGCAGACGUCUUUAGGGGCUUCAGCACUGAGGAAUGUGAAAGAGAAGCCACUCCUUUUGGAAGAGGAAAAUCAAAGAUCUAUCUCAAAGAUGAAACACCAGUCAAAUCUUCAAGACCACAAACUUUCCCUGACUCACCAGGUUUGGGACUGAAGCUCUCCAACUGCACUGACAUGAACUUUUCAUGUCUCGAACACAACAAUGGCCCCAUGAAUGGUUGUGACUAUUCGCCAAGUUACUCUUGUAGAGGGGGUUACCUCAGUUCAGAUGAUGAAGAAGAAAGCUGUGAGCCAUGUCUCCAGGCUGCCUCUUUAUAUAUAAACCAAACCUGUUGUUCAGAUAGCCUAAACCAAAACUUGGGCUCACACGGGAAUACAAAACAAAGGCACACUCAACCCAGGCCCUUGUCCCUGCUCCUAAAACCAAAAACAAACUUCAGAGAUGAUCAGAUUAUGGAGAAUGUGGCUCAUCCAGAUAAAGCCUUAGGAAGUAAUGGCCAACAGAUGGAAAGCAACACAGCUCAGUUAGAUUUUCCUCUGGCUCAAACUCAGAGCCCAGAGCCGUGCAAAUGCAAGAAAACAUCCAGCGAAACUCGAGAUGCGGGAACUCAAACUGUCGACCCUGCGGCUGAGAUGUGUGACGCAUCGACUCAGUGCAGCUUUGUUGCAGACAGCGCGACCAGAACCACUGAGUUCAACUUGUGCCUGCCACCUGUUGAUGUGUCAGUACAGCAUCCAGCCACAGGGGGGCAGACUGAUACUGCCGCAGAGCUAAAUACACACACACCUUCAUCCAGCCAGGCCAGGAGUGGAGGGAGGCACACGCCCUGGAGCAAGAACAAAUCCAAGGCUGGUUCCCUAUCAGGCAGCGGUAUUAUAAAUGAACUCACCGCUGACAACAGAGAUGGCAAAGUGAUCCUACAGAGACCCAUAACCCCUUUUCUAGACGCUCUGAGCAUGACCAACGGCAGAGGUAUAACAGGAAUAUGAAAGAUUGUUUUUAAUUAAUUAAUGUGCAAAUUGAGGAACUUAUAAUUCAUAUUUACAAAUUUAAACUCUGCACCGACAAAGACAAGAUAUAUGCAUGGGAAUCUUGUUGAAUAACCAUGUUCUGCUCUUGUUUCUGAUUGGAGAGGGUAGAGAUGAGAGAGGGCAACAAGAAAAUGGCCGUCUGAUGAAAGACCUCUCCAACGAAGUGAGGGAGGAGGUCACAUCUGCCACCAGAGUUAACAGACUCUCACAAGAGGCUGAGACACUUCAGGAAAUAGCUGACAUUUUGCUCCUGCUCAAACAAAGGGAGAAGUAGGGAGAAGUAGGGAGAAGUAGGGAUGGUAAGGAAGGAAGGAAGGAAGGAAGGGAGAUGGAUAAAGGCAGCAGGAAAUAUGAAAACAUACCUGUUCUGUGUGUGUUUUCAAAUUCAAAGCAUUUAAUAGUUUGUUUUUAAGCAUAUAUAAACCACAUAAAA